CGCCAUUUCCUUCAUCAUCCUCAUCACCCAAUUCAAUUAAAUACAAAUUAACAUCGAAAUGGCUCGCUCCGCUGCUCUCUUCGCAAUCCUCUUCGCCUUCGCCUGGUCCGCCGCCCCCUACGCAGAGGGAGCGAUCACGUGCGGGGCAGUAGAUUCCAAGAUCGGGCCGUGCGUGAGCUAUGUCAUGGGCAAGGGGCCCCUGCCCGCUGGGUGCUGCAGCGGUAUCAGGUCGCUGAAUUCAAUGGCGAAAAGCACUCCCGAUCGCCAGCAGGCCUGCAACUGCCUCAAGUCCGCAGCUGCUAAACUCCCCGGUCUGAAAGUACCCCUUGCUGCUGGGCUCCCUGGAAAAUGUGGUGUUAGCCUCCCCUACUCCAUUAGCACUUCCAUCAACUGCGCCACAGUGCACUGAGGAGUCUCAGGAGCUCCUUCAGAGCUUUAGGUACGUAGAGGGGUCUGAAGAAUAAAUCGGAGGCUUGCCCGAACGUUCUAGUGUUGUGCAAAUUUCCGUUGUACGUAAUUCUGUCUGUUUCAUGAGUCCAUCCGUGUUGUCUUGCUAGCACCCUUUGUUGUGGUGUCAUGGGUUUGUUUCGUUUGCUUUAGUGUCAUUGUGGUGGUCUUGGUACAGUAAUAUAUGUCUUUAAAUAUAUAUACAUAAUGAAUAAAUAUUUGAGUAAA